UUAGUGAAGUGGCUUCGCCUGCGCAAUCUUACUUAAUCCUCGAGGCAGUUUAUGUAGGGUAAUUGCUCAGUUCGCAUUUUCACGGACUUCAAAGGAGCUCCCAGACCUGGCACAUUGCCAGGGUCGUAUCGUCAGAGUGUAAGCGAGGGGGGCUUGGCCACAGCUCCUGUGCUGUCCAGGGUCGCGCUGCUGGGGACAGGUGGCAGUAAAUUGGUGUGACUUCCACACCGGCAAGACUGAUCAGAAACAGAGACGGUUGGAAACGUUUCAGAUAUAAUCAGAAGAUGGCUGAUCCAUGGCAGGAAUGCAUGGAUUAUGCAGUAACCCUAGCAAGACAAGCUGGAGAGGUGAUCUGUGAAGCUCUAAAAUGUGAAAUGAAUGUUAUGAUUAAAAGUUCUCCGGCUGAUUUGGUAACUGCUACAGACCAAAAAGUUGAAAAAAUGCUUAUCUCUUCCAUAAAGGAAAAGUAUCCAUCUCACAGUUUCAUUGGUGAGGAAUCUGUGGCAGCUGGGGAAAAAAGUAUCUUGACUGAUAACCCCACAUGGAUCAUUGACCCUAUUGAUGGAACAACUAACUUUGUACAUAGAUUUCCUUUUGUAGCUGUUUCGAUUGGCUUUGUUGUAAAUAAAAAGAUGGAAUUUGGAGUUGUGUACAGUUGUGUAGAAGAUAAGAUGUACACUGGCAGGAAAGGAAAAGGUGCCUUUUGUAAUGGCCAAAAACUGCAGGUUUCAAAACAAGAAGAUAUUACCAAAUCACUUUUGGUGACUGAGUUGGGCUCUUCCAGAACACCAGAGACUGUACAAAUUAUUCUUUCUAACAUGGAAAAGCUUUUUUCCAUUCCCAUUCAUGGAAUCCGGAGCGUUGGAACGGCAGCUAUUAAUAUGUGCCUUGUGGCAACUGGAGGAGCAGAUGCAUAUUAUGAAAUGGGAAUUCACUGCUGGGAUAUGGCAGGAGCUGGCAUCAUUGUUAGUGAAGCUGGUGGAGUGCUAAUGGAUGUAACAGGUGGACCAUUUGAUUUGAUGUCACGAAGAAUAAUUGCUGCAAAUAGUAAAGCAUUAGCAGAAAGGAUAGCCAAAGAAAUUCAGAUAAUACCUUUACAAAGAGAUGAUGAAGAUUGAUUACAAUAGCAUUGUAUUCAGUCACAAUUGCUUUCCUCAGAUUUGCUGAUGCACUGAUGGAUAUCUGUUUCAGAUAUAGGAGGAUAUGAUUGAUUAAAUUGUCUUUGAUGUCCUGAUUUAAAAAUGGAAACUUUUUCCAUAGAAUAAGUAUGCAAAAAUAGAUGUAAUAUUUGUUUUAUUGUUUUGAACAAUUUUGCCUGUAAGAAUAUACUUUGGGAAAAAUAAACAGGAUUUUAGUUCAUGAACUAUCAAUUAAAAUUGUCAAUUAGUAGUGUUGUUUCUAACUAUGAUCCUCUUGUUACUUAGACUGACCUCAAACUUGCAAUCCUACUGCCUCACCUUCCUUAGUCACUGGGAUUACAGGUGUGUGCCAUCAUGCCUA